AUGGUAGUUAGAGUAUUAGAUGAUUAUUAUUUAGCCAUAACAGCAAUAUUAACAAUUGGAUAUCAACUAAUUUUUUUUACUAUCGCUUAUACAUUUCAAAUUGAUUCAGUGACUGAUUUUGGAGGUGGCAGUAAUGUUGCUUUAUUGGCGAUAUUAACAUUAGUUCUUGGUCAGACAUGGUAUGUUCGACAAAUAAUCGCGACGACAUUCGCAGUUUUGUGGGGUGCAAGAUUAGGAUUAUUUUGUUUAUAUCGAAUGUUAAAAUCAGGAAAGGAUUCAAGAUUUGAAAGUAUUAGAUCUAAAUUUGCAUCAUUGCUGUUCUUCUUUGUGUUACAAAUGAUAUGGGUUUGGAUAAUUAGUUUACCUUUCAUAUUUUUAAAUUCUCCAAGAAUAAGUAAUGAUGAAUAUGAUGGCAGGGAUGUUAAAUUCGGUAGAGCUACCGAUGUUAUUGGUGUGUUUGUAUUUAUCAUCGGUAUAUUAUUUGAAUCUAUUUCUGAUUUUCAAAAGUUCGUGUUCAGACAAAGCCGUACAUCACCAACACAAUUUAUGAAGACAGGACUUUGGUCGUGGAGUAGGCAUCCAAAUUAUUUCGGUACAAAUGCCGCUUAUGCUUCCAUUACCUCUCCCGUAUUCACAAUUUUCUUGCUCAUGUUUUUAAGUGGGAUGCCAUUAAACGAACGUCCUGCACAUGAAAAACAAUGGAAGCAAGGAAACUGGAAUGAUUACUCCAAAUAUCUUGAGCGUACUUCUGUAUUAAUACCAUUUCCACCAAGUCUCUAUGAACCAUUACCGCGAAUAAUUAAAAGUACCUUAUUUUUGGAAUUUCCUCUGUAUAGAUAUGUACCUGAUUUAGAAAAUGGUGAUCAAAGUGGUUUAACUAGAGAUGGUGCAAGUGUAAAUGCAUUUUGGUUCACGUCACCGGCCGGGUCACCUUUAAAUUUUGACCAAAAAAAAAGUGUAAAGAUUUUAUCUCAAUACUUCGAAAUAUAA